AAUCAAACCAACGUUUGUAGCUGGGCUAGCGUUCGAGUUAAGAAAACAGGGAGUAAUUUAGGUAAUGGGUGGUGUAAAGCAAGAGCAAACCGAUGCUCCUGCAUCCAAAGAGUCUGAACACAUAGACACCGCACAAGAGGAGAACCAAUCGACUUCACAGCCGGUAAAGAAGCGAGGCUGGCCAAAAGGAAAGAAGAGAAAGAAGGUGUUACCAAAUGGCCCCAAGGCUCCGGUUACUGGCUACGUGCGUUUCUUGAAUGAGAGACGGGAACACAUCCGAGCACUUCACCCGGAUCUUCCGUUCCCAGAAAUCACCAAGAGACUCGGAGCAGAAUGGAGCUGCCUGGCCCUUCAUGAUAAACAGCGGUACCUAGACGAAGCUGAAAGGGACAAAAUGCAGUAUGCACGAGAACUCAGGGAGUAUCAAAAAAGUGAAGCUUAUCAGAUCACAUGUGCAAAAGUUCAGGAUAAGAGAAUUAAGAGAGAGGAGUUGACUUCUGUCAUUAUCAACGCCAACAGUUCAGGAUCUGCAGGUUUUAAGAACUCCGACUUAACGGCCAGAUUUGACGUCCCAAUUUUCACAGAAGAAUUUUUAGACCAAAACAAAGCGCGAGAAGCUGAGCUGCGGCGACUGCGCAAGGCUAAUGUGGAGUUUGAAGAGCAGAACGCGGUUCUCCAGAAGCACAUUGCCGACAUGUUCAGCGCUAAAGAGCGACUGGAGGCUGAGCUGGGCCAGGAUGAGGUUCGCACUCAAGCUCUACAGCGCCACCUACAGGCGAUCAAACAGACACUGGUCAACAGCCUGGCCUCUGUGCCUUUGCCAGGCACAGGCGAGACGCCAUCAGUUGGAACGCUGGACUCGUACCUGAGUCGCUUGAGUGGUGCUUUAGAGAGCAGGCCUCAUGAGCAUCGCGCCUUAGUCCUCAAGCUACAAGAGCUCUUAGCUCACCUAGACAGUGAGAAGCUUUGAAAGCAUGUCUUCAGCUGUGGUGGAGCUAAAUGUCCCAAGCAUUGGGAAGACCUGGGAUCACCGUGCUCUACCUAUGAUUUCUCUGCCUUCCAGGGUGUGAUGGGCCAUACAGUUUAAUUGGAUAUAUUUACUCGCCAAUAAGCUAAUUUGUAACACUGGUGCCAGCGGAUUCUAAACUCAGAGACAUGUAAUAUAAUGCGUCAUAAUAUUGCUGUUUUGACAACUACAGCAGCUCAUUUAAAGACAGAGUCCAUUUAGAAUCAAGGAAAGCAUGGUUUAAAGGCAUACUAUGAUUUUUACAAAGUAAUAUUGUCUUUACUGAGUUGUAAUGAAAUGUUAAGUGCAGUGUUUUACAUUGGGUCACCUAAACCGUGCGCAGUGCUAUGGAUUGCAAGAACCUGAGAACUGCACAAAAUGAAAUUGGUUUACUCUAAACAAUGAGUAACAUUCCUAAUCAUUAUGUUUAGUGAAUUAAAAUGACUAAAAAUGUUUGUUUUUGGUUGCAUUCCCUUUUGAACGAACCAUAAGUCUGCAUGAAUUCUAGCAUUAAAAUAUUUCAGGUGUCAAGAGUUUACACUGCUUUGGUGAUGUACUUGAAUUGAUGAAUCUACUUUUAAAUUGUGUCAAUUAUUUCAAUAUGAAAAAAAGAUAAUAAAGUCUGGCAAGAAUUA